AUGGAUGGACAAUUCUCAGCAAAAUCAGAUGUGUUCAGCUUUGGUGUGAUCUUGCUUGAGAUCAUUAGUGGGAAGAAGAAUAACAGCUCUCACCUUUCUGAAAAGUCUCAGACACUCAUCAGAUAUGCGUGGCAACUAUGGAGGGAAGGGAAGGAGCUGGAGUUCGUGGACCCAGUGAUGAUGGAAUCAAGCCCAACCGAAGACCUUACAAGAUGUAUGCAUAUUGGGCUUUUGUGUGUGCAGGAAGAUCGAAACGACAGGCCCACCAUGUCGUCUGUGGUGGUUCUGUUGGGAAGUGGAACAGUAUCACUUCCCCAGCCAAGACAACCUGCUUUUUUUGUGCCAAAAGUUAUACCAAUCAACCAGUCUUCGUUAACAAACCGUUCUGAAUCUGGUCUUACUGUUUCUAGUGUAUUUUCUAGUGCUUUGCCAUGACGAUGACGAUGACAUACAAGUAUAUGAGUUAUGGAGAAUGUGAAAAAUCUGUGUCCUAACAUUAACAUAUAUAUUCGAUGAGUGCACUGCACGCAUUAAUUUCUCUU